UACCACAUUUGGAUUAUAGCUAUUUUCAUAGACCAACAGGAAAGAAGUGAAGCAAAAGGAAGGACACAUUUGUGGGGAAUAACUAGCUGCUAUGCACUGACUGGAGGACUGAAGGAAGAGGAGGGGGAAAGAGGACAGAACGGAUUAAACUAAACACAAUUUGAGGAGAUCAGUUUGAACAAGUAAAUGCGCUUUGUUUUCCACCCGUCUGCUGCCAGGCCCCAGAACUGCCAGACCCGAGCUACUGGUGUACACCGACACAGAGUAAUUUUCUCAGCGUCAGCCAGUUGACGGGUGAAGUCAGAGCCGUGGGGAAGAUUGGCGAUGAUCCGCUUUCGGCUUUGCCAGAAGUGUCAGGGCCGUCGCCAUUAGAGUUCAUUGUGUUUGCAGUGGCACAGGGAGUGAGAGAGCGGGGCAGUGUGUAGUAAUCUAAGGAUGACACCCGCACUUUAGUCCAUCAGAUAGUGUUCAGUGAGGUGUGUCUUGCAGCUCAUCACGCUUUGUCUCUACACUGCAAACACAUACACGUGCACACACAUAAAACACGCGUACUUACACAUGCAAACACACCACAGCUACACACUCUCGGAGACGGAUGACGCAUUAGGUCCCUGACAAUCGGCAGGAACUCUGUCCGGACCUUAAACGUAGCAGGUUCUCAGAUCAGUGUGUAUGAGUGAGCGUGUGUCUGGAGUGCACCCAGGCGCUGACUGCAUCCAGUGGAGCAUGUUGGAAAGGAAGAGUUAGGCAGGUCGAUGCUGCACGAUUAUACUGUCUGAUAGCCUGUGAUUAUUCUGAGGAGUCUGAAAAUUACCAUGUAAAAUCACUGUCCGUUUACGCUACAGUGUAUACAUGAUAGCAUAUCGAAAGAGCUCUGGCAUUCAAGCGAAUAAUGGUAGACACCUUGUGAGAAUAAUGUGCUAGUCUCUGGAGUAAAAUAGCAGACCAAAAAGUGUAAUAUCAGAAACUAAAGCGUAGUACCGCAGUUUGCCCAAACCCUUUUCCAGUUGGUUAUUCUACACAGAGCAGGCACUUCCACUCUCUGUCUUUAUAGAGCGGCACUUGAGCUCAGUGGAUUUUAUUUAACCUUAGCUAUCUCCAGAUGAGUUGCAGUGAGAUGGUGUCUCCUUCUCUCCAGAGGCCUGCCCGGUUCAGUUAAUAGCUCAAAGGAACAUUGACUUCCGCCUGCCAAUUUUGUCGGGUGAGAAGUGCUGAAAACCUUGUUUGACUCAUUAAAAUAAAAUCUGUUUGAAUGAAUAUUGUUGCCCCAGAUUUCUCUUGUCCUCCAGGGCACAGCAACGUAGGUAGCUCCAUUUCAUAAGUUGGCAUUCAGUCAACAUCAGUGGAGAUAAACCUCACUUGCUUGGCGAGACAGUUUCCCGGCCUGUAUCUGAUUGAAAUAUAGUAUUAUUGAUCUUUUCUGUUCUUUUCUUUGAGCAGUGCGGUUUGACCUACAGUAGAGAAGCAGUCUAUUUGUUGUUGUGGUUAGUUCUGUGGGUGGUUUUCUGGGCACCUGGUGCUCGGAACUAGCUUAGCGCUGAGUUUGACACUGCAGCGUGGAGAUGAUGAUCAGUAAAUGAAGUUGUUCCUUGUUUGGUUAGUUGGAUAGCUGCCAUUACUGACGACCAUUGCUCGUAAACAGUAAAGUGUUGCAGGUCUGCUUUGGUCACGUUGGGUAUUGCUUUUUCCGGCUUAUUGAUCUGAGGGUCUUGGGCUUUGGUCUUAGGCUCAGAGCACUGUGGUAGUAAAUAGCUCCCCUUGCCGUGUUUGCUUUGUUGUCAUUUUGCUUAGAUGGGACUGAGCCCCUGUACUGCUUUGUAGGAGCAAAGCUUCUGCACUGUAUGGAUUUAAGACACUGCAUGUUGUAAGUUAUUUCUAAGCAGCACAUGGUGUUAAAGUCAACAGUGGAACAUUUUUGUUGCUCUAAGCUCAUUUCUAUGUGCAUUGUGAUGGAGUGUCUAAAUCACUAGCUCUGGCCAGACUUCUGUGUAUUGCGUUCAAGCCCUGGCUACAAUUCAAUUCUAUGUUAUUCUUUUGCAGCUAAAGCAGUUUUUCUUUGCAUGCGUUGUGAUGCAGUGUAGCAAAUAAGAGUCCUUUCUUAAAGCGUCCUCCUCAAACAACGAAUUCUGUCUGAUUGCACUGAAGUAAAGCUGGGCAGUUAGUGUGUGCACGUGCCUGCAGCAUUGCAGAGAACAAAUCAGUGUGUGUGUGUAUGUGUGUGUGUGUGGACUAGUUUGUCUGUAGCAGUGCAGGCAGGGUCACAGAGGACCCAUUGAUCAAACGUGCACAUCCACGCACACACACACACAGACACACACACACACACAUAGACAGAAAGAUACGUUCACACACACACACACACACACACAGCCUCUCAAUACACAAUGAGGCCUGUCCAGAGCUCUGUCCUCUGCCGCCUCCUCCCUGCCCCCUUCGCUCUGGCCCUGCGCAGCCUGGUCCUGGUCCUGCUCUGCAUCACUCCUCAUUGUCAGGCGGUGCAGGCGGAGAAUGUCACAGUCUUGGAGGGCGGUACGGCCCAGAUCUCCUGCCGCCUGCAGAACUACGAUGGAUCCAUCGUGGUCAUCCAGAACCCCCGCCGGCAGACCCUUUUCUUCAACGGCACGCGAGCACUGAAGGACGACCGUUUCCAGAUGGUGCUCUUCACGCCACGGCUGGUGCGCAUCGAGUUGACCAACGUCAGCGUGUUUGACGAGGGCGGUUACUUCUGUCAGCUCUACACGGACGCCACGCACCACCAGGUGGCGACGCUUUCUGUCCUGGUGCCGCCGGAGACGCCCACGGUGGACGUGAAGCAGGAGGCCGUGGAGGGCGGAGAGGUAGAGCUCACCUGUGUGUCGCCACGCAGCAAGCCGGCUGCCACCCUGCGCUGGAUGCGUAACGGCCGGGAAAUACCAGGUGUAGUGUCCCAGCAGGACAACGGGAAGACCUUCAGCGUCUCCAGCACCAUCCGGAUCCCGGUAGAAAGGAAAGACAAUGGGGCGGCGCUGAGCUGCGAGGCGUUCCACCCGGCACUGGGCACACAGAGGAGGGUUCGGCACUACCGCCUGGAUGUGUAUUUUGCACCCACAGUGAGAAUUGUUCCUCCUUCUGGCAUUUUGCGAGAGGGCGACUCGCUUAGCCUCACCUGCUCCGUCAGUGGAAACCCUCUGCCCAGGAACAUUCAGUGGUCCAAGAUCAACGACACCUUGCCUGAGAGGGCUGAGAUUUCUGGCCCCACCUUCCAGAUUUCCCGUCUCAGCCAGUCACACAACGGGACAUACUUGUGCCAGGCCCAGAACAACUUUGGACGUGCUGCUGAUCAUUACACCCUACUGGUGUAUGAUAAUGUGUCAGUCACUACCACGGUCCCUCCCACUCCUACUUCCACCCAACCACUCACCUCCCAUCCCGCAACCCAAACCCUGCUAACACGCAGCGUCGCCUUGGACCCGAAAGAUCCCGGUGCAGUGGUAGAGACUCACAGUGCAGUACCAUAUGCAGUGAUAGGUGGCGUUCUGGCACUGCUGGUUUUCACCGUCAUCUGUGUCCUCAUUGUCACCAUCUGGUGCUCUGUCCGACAGAAAGGUUCCUAUCUUACCCAUGAGGCCAGUGGGUUGGAUGAACAUGGUGAGGUGCAGGAGGCCUUCCUUAAUGGGAACGACGCCAGCCAGGGCAAGAAGGAGUACCUACUGUAGCCCUUUUCCUUCCUUAUCCCCUUCUCUUCUGACCUCAACCCCCUACCCCUUCCUCUCCCUGUCUCCCCCCUUAUAUACAGUAUAUACACACACACACACACGCACUCUCACACACACACACACACACGCGCGCACACACACACUUCUAUACAACACGCCAUAUAGGCGGCCUUCUGAAAACGACUGUAUACAGAUACUGCACACAGCCAGUCCAUCCCAUGCCAUUCCACCCCAUAUCCUCCACACACACACACAGACACACACACACACACACACAAACCCAGAGACAGAUUGAGAAAAAGAGAGCCUGUAUACCCACCAGCCAUUAACGACGUGUGCCAUAUACUGUAAGUCAGAGAAACGA